AUGCCCCCCAUUCCCCUCCACACCAACUCCCCCAUCAACCCCGCCAAAGCCUCAGGCAUAACCCCCCAAACCACCCCCCCAAACAAUGAUCAGCCAGCACCAACGAAAACAACCUCUCUCCCCCCUUCAGCUGCUCCCAAUAACGGCCCACCACCGCCCCAACCAGGCGCCGUUCCCCAUCUUCCUCAACCAACCUCCUUCCCAGCCUCCUCCACCGGUCCUGCUCCCCCUCAACCAGCAGCCGCCCCAACCACUACCGCAGCACCAACAUACACACCCCCUCCCCAGUCCUCAAUCCCCCCUCCAGAACUGCCAUACAACCAGCGAGGAACCUCGACAGCUUUUACACCUGCUACAACGACAGGAGCAGCGGUGUUGCCCGGCCCGAGCCCUUACGAGACUGGUGGUGGGCAGGGGUAUCAACAGAGGGCGGAUUCGGGGUAUCAGCCUGGGGGAGGGGAGGAAAAUGAGGAGCAUGGUGUGUUGGGGAGUGUGAUGGGGUAUGCUAAAGCUGCGGGAGAGAAGCUGAGUGAGGCGGAGAGGGAGGUUUGGAGGAGGAUUAAUGGGGAGAAGUGA